AUGACGACGACCGUGGAGGGUGGGAGCGCGGAGAAGCGGCGGCGCAAGAGUCGAUGGGAAACCACCGACGACGCCGAAGGGAACAAGACGACGAGGAAGAGUCGAUGGGAGACUAGUGAAUCGACAAACAUCGCAAACGUCGCCGCGGACGACGAGAACGGCGGACGCGCACUCGUGCCCUUGGCGAACGCAAACGACUUCGCGGGCGCGCACGUGAGCGAGCCCGCGGGGGCGAUGAACCAGACGUUGCCGAUGACGAACGCGCUCAUCAUCGGUAGCGGGAUCUUCGUACAGCUGCCGACGUCCGUUUUGACAGAGCACUCGGCACCGUCCGAGGCGACGGCCGAGGUUCACUUCCUGUUUGCCGAGCUCGGUCGACUCAAUCGUCGACUACUCGCGGGAGGGACGUUCGACGAUAGACCUGCUGACUCGCGCGAGCCCGAACCUGCGCCAAUUUACGACGCGAACGGCGUUCGAGUGAACACGCCAGACGUGGUGGAGAGGGAGAAGUUUCAGUACAGACGAAUGGCGAUUUUGGAGGAAAUUUGUCAAAAGUGUCCUACGUUCAGACCGCCGCCGGAUUAUAGACCGAACAAGCGAACCGCAAAGUUACUGAUUCCAGUGGAUGAGUACCCGGGCUAUAACUUCUUCGGGCUCAUCAUCGGGCCUCGAGGAUCGACGCAGAAGCAAAUGCAGCGCGAGACGAACACAAGGAUCGUUAUACGCGGACGUGGAAGCGCCAAGGGCGGUACGGGCGCCGCCGAGCGUAAUAACGAGUAUGACAACGAACCGCUUCACGUGCUCAUUGAGGGCGACGUGCAGAGCGACGUCGACAAGGCGAAGGCGAUGAUUCAGAAGUUGCUGAUACCGAUAGAUGAGGACAUGAAUGAGCACAAACGUCAGCAGCUUAAAGAGUUGGCCCUGAUGAAUGGUACCUGGCGCGAUGAAAGCUCGAUUGAGGCGAUGCAAAAGCGUCUAGACGAAGAGGUGGCGAGCGGGCAGGUGUACCAGCUCCCGGAACCGUUGAAAAAGGCGGUCGAGGCGACGUACAGGAAAGACGUGGACAAACUUCACGGCUCUGGCGCGGGAGGGACCUUGGAUACCGCGUACAGUGACUUUUUGUCAGAAUUGGGCGUGGACGGUCGCGGCCGCGCUCGUAGACUGGAUGAAAAUGCGGAAGACGAUCGGAAAGUGUACAUCGGUCGUUUGCCGACGACGGCGACGGCAGAGGGAUUGAAAGACAUGUUCUCAUCCGCCGGCGUGGUGCAGGAGGUCGCGUGCAUUCCCGACACUGUGCUGGGACACUCGUGUAAGGGUUUCGCAUUCAUCACGUUUGCCACGGUGGACGACGCCAUGAAGGCGGCUUCGACGAUGAACGGCGUGAUGUUUGAGGAUCGUCCGAUGGAAGUACGGAUGAAGAAUGCACCGCGUGAACAGACGCAGAAGGAAGCGAAUGAGUUUGACCCAAAUGCCAACCUGUACGUCGGCGGCGUCACGGAGAGCAUGAACGAAGACGCGUUACGGGAGAUAUUUUCACCAUACGGUUUAGUGCAAAAGACAAAAAUCGUUCGCGAUCACGCGACUCAGGCGGCGAAGGGGUACGGAUUCGUACAGAUGAUGGACCCGUCUCAUGCGCAGGCGGCAAUCACAGCACUCGAUGGGCAAUACUUUGCAGAUAGCACGCGUCCAUUCAUGGUCCGCAUCGCUGGGCAAAACGGCGGAGGCGGCGCGCAAGUGUCGAUGGCGUUCCCCUCCGCAACCAAUUUCGAUUUUACGGCACCGGGUUAUGGCAAUUACCAGACGCCUGUUGCCGGCAUGCCGCCUUUUGUUCCGCCGAUGAUGAUGAUGGAUCCGUCUGGGUAUUACGGACAAAUGGCAUCCGCUGAAUCGUACGCAGCUGCUACGUAUGGCGCAUUCCCGACGGUGGAGCUCGGAAAUCCCGAGGAAGCUCCGCCGCCCCCGCCAGAUGAUGAAGACGCACCACCUCCAAUGCCCGGCGUUUUGCCGUUGGUACCAGACGCGCUCCCCAUCCUUCCGGGUGUUGCUCCGCCCGCUCCGCCACCGUUGCCACCGUAG